AUGGAGCCUUGCAGUGCCAAAGAGACGGACCAUAAGCACGAAGACAACUAUAUUCGGCCCCCACGCGUUAGCUUCGGAUUCGAGCUAGAAUUCCUGGUGGCUGUGAAUCCAAGGGAAGUUGAAGCAGACGAUAGCAUCCCUGGCCUUGCACCAGCCACUGGCCACCAUGAUGGCGUAACAGCAAUCGUCACGACAGACGGCUCAGUGUCAGAGCCUGGAACAGAGUGGAAGAACGAGGUUUAUACGUGGGAUGCGGUGGAGAUAGCAAGCCCACCGAUGUAUGCCUGUGAUGAAGCAUACCAGCUCGUGUCAGUGGUUGUUAGGCUUUUGACUGAUAACUUACGUGUCCGGGUCAACACUACGUGUGGUUUCCACGUUCAUGUCCGCAAUGGGCCCCAUCAGAUGGACAUGCAUGGAUCGAGAAACUACGCGGCCCUCAAGUGGGCAUCCGACCCGGUGCUAUCUACUCUCCAUUCCCCGGCGCGAAGUUUUGCUCGUUACUCCAAGUCUAUCCGGCGCUUUACUGGUGUUGAGUUGAGUCGCAACAUGACUGCAGAUAUGGCACGGCGAGAAGUCAAUGGGCUGAAUUUCAUACCUCGAUAUAUUUCACGGGCGAGGAAGCUCGGAGAGGAUCCUAUUGCUUCUAACGUGGCAAUGAUCGGACAUAUUCGCGAAGCCCACGAGAAUGAAGACGAUGGAACAUUCCCGGAACCUGAGUGCGAAAGUGAUGGUUCCGACUACGAGCGCGAAGACGGUAGACCUUUCGAUCGGCCAAGGAAGGCCAAAGGAGUUCGACGAGAAGCUCCCGACAUGUACCACGUCAGUAAUUUCAUCAGCGAGGGCAAGGCUAAACGUCUAGAUGAUGAAUCUAACAGUACCCGCGGUGAUCUACCUCCGCAGCUCGAUUUUCCAGCCUCCCAGUCCAUCACUUCUCGUAGGUCAUCUCAAGGCAUGCCUUUGCUAGACGAGCAACAAAAGAAAAGGAAGGCUGUGUCAAGGCAAGCGGAGAUCCAAUCAGCCGUUUAUGAAACGGACUAUGACGAAGGUGAUGGCGAUGAUGACUUAUUGAAAGCAUCAAAGGUUGCUUGGAGAGGAGUCACCGAGCUUCUGGCCUGCGACGUGGGUGUACAUCAGGUCGCACAUCUCAUGUGUAACAACAUAACUGAAGAGAAAUACUACAGUUACAAGUGGAAUGGCCAGUUGACAUAUGAGAUAGCGCCCUUGGUGGGAAAGGAGACUCACGGCACUGUCGAGUCUCGGCUCGUAACCGGCAGCCUCGAUGCUGAGUGGAUCGUCACCUGGAUCAAGAUUCAGUGUCGUAUGCUCGAGUGGGCACGAGAUGCUGACCCUUCACAGCUGAUGCGUGUCAUUGGCAAACUCUCCCAGGACGACGUAUCUCGCGAGUGCACAUACGACGUCUUGGACUUCCUUAGGGAUCUCGGUAUGUAUACCGAGCUUAAGCACUGUCAGGAACGUCUGCUCAGAGCUGAGGAGGCAUGGUUCGAGUGCACCAUGCUGCAAAAUCGUCACCUAGUCUGGAGUCUUGGUCUGCAGGUCCCAACGAGGAGAACUCGGGAGACACCUGCAGACGACCUGAUGAUCCAGGAGAGACUUGGGAUGAGACUUGUGACUCAGGAGAGACUCAAGGAACUCCUGUUCGAGACGGGGGAGAUGGGUGGUUAG